AGCUGCAAUGCCUCCCACUCUCCGGUUCGCUCCAUCUCCAUGAUUUCCGUGGGAAGCGCCGCGGAGCCUCUAUGGCAGACUUUCAGGAACUGAGGAAGCGUCAGAAACGAACCACCGAGAAGUAUUAACUUCUCACGUUUCUCGCGUUUCCCAACUCUGAUUCACACUACUCGCACUCGAAUCUUUGUCGAUUUAUCGCCUCGUUCAGCUUGUUUAACUCAGGAAACCGUGUGUUUUCUGGGGCUGUUGCGAUGGCCGGUGGCGGCGGGGUGUCGCCGCUGGGGCUAGCGCCUCCGUUGUGGUAUCACCGGGACCUGAGUCGAGCUGCUGCCGAGGAGCUGCUGGCCCGCGCGGGACGAGACGGGAGUUUCCUGGUUCGGGACAGCGAAAGUGUUAACGGGGCGUACGCCUUGUGUGUGCUGUUUCAGAAGCAUGUCCACACCUAUAGGGUUCUCCCAGAUGAAGAGGGAUUCUUGGCAGUCCAGACGUCUCAGGGGGUGCAGCCGAAGCGGUUUAAGAGCCUCCCAGAGCUGGUCCUGUUGUACCUCCAGCCCAGCCAGGGACUGGUCAGCACUCUACUGUACCCCGUAGACAGAGAGGAGAGCAUCCCAGAGGACAGGGACUACUCAGAUGGUGAAGACGAGAAGCCACCCCUUCCUCCUCGUUCCGCCUCCACCUCCACAACACCUACAGGCUCCGCCCCGGAGACACCAACCGACAGCGCCCCUGCUGCUAACGGCCUGAGCACCAUUUCCCAUGAGUAUCUGAAGGGAAGCUACGCUCUGGACCUACAGGCUGUCAAACAGGGAGCCAGCUUUCUGCCCCACCUCAACAAGACACUGGUGUCCUCCUGCAAACGCCUCAAUGGGGAGGUGGAUAAGGUUCUGUCUGGACUGGAGAUCCUGUCCAAGGUGUUUGACCAACAGAGUGCCUUCAUGGUGUCCAAGAUGAUACAGCAGUCGGUGAAUCAGGGUGGAGAUCAGGAGUUGGAGAAUCUGGUCACUAAACUGGCUAUCCUCAAAGAUCUACUGUCUUCUAUAGAGAAGAAGGCUCUGAAGGCUGUGCAGGAUUUGAGUGUGUCCACUCUCUCCUCUCUUCCUCCUCUCACACGCCACAGCAAAACCAUCCCCGUACAGGCCUUUGAGGUGAAGUUGGAUGUGUACCUGGCAGACCUGACUAAAAUAGGGAAGAGUCAGAAGCACAGUCUGUCUGUGGACGUGGAGGGAGGGAUGCUUGUGGUGAUGAAGAAGAUGAAGGACAACCAGGAGGACUGGAACACCUUCACACACCACAAGAUCCGUCAGCUGAUCAAGUCUCAACGUGUUCAGAACAAGCUGGGCAUCGUGUUUGAGAAGGACAAGGAGAAGAGCCAGAGGAAAGACUUCAUCUUCGCCAGUGCUAAGAAGCGGGAGGCAUUUUGUCAGCUGCUGCAGCUGAUGAAGAACAAACAUUCCAACCAGGACGAACCAGACAUGAUCUCCGUCUUUAUAGGGACCUGGAACAUGGGUUCUGUGCCCUCCCCCAAGGCGGUGGGUUCCUGGCUGUUGUGUCGUGGGCUGGGGAAGACGCUGGAUGAGAUGACCGUAACCAUUCCUCAUGACCUCUACGUGUUCGGAACGCAGGAGAACUCUGUGUGUGACCGUGAGUGGGUCGACUCACUCCGCACCGCACUCAAAGAACACACAGAGCUGGAUUACAAACCGAUCGCGGUCCAGACUCUGUGGAACAUUAAGAUAGCGGUGCUGGUGAAACCAGAACAUGAAAACCGCAUCAGUCAUGUGGGAGUGUCCAGUGUCAAAACGGGUAUUGCUAAUACGCUGGGUAACAAAGGGGCAGUGGGCGUGUCUUUCAUGUUUAAUGGAACUUCCUUCGGCUUUGUGAACUGUCACCUGACAUCAGGCAACGAAAAGAUCGGCAGGAGGAACCAGAACUACCUGGAUAUCCUGCGGUUGCUCUCUCUAGGAGAUAAACAGCUGAGCUCCUUUGACAUCUCUCUACGCUUCACACACCUCUUCUGGCUGGGAGACCUCAACUACAGGCUGGACAUGGACAUACAGGAGAUCCUGAACUACAUCAACAGGAAAGAGUUUGAUCCUCUGCUGAAGGUGGACCAGCUCAACCUGGAGAGAGAGAAGAACAAGGUGUUCCUGCGCUUUGCGGAGGAGGAGAUAUCCUACCCACCCACCUACCGUUAUGAACGCGGAUCUAGAGAUACAUACGUGUGGCAGAAACAGAAGGCCACAGGGAUGAGGACUAACGUCCCCUCUUGGUGUGACAGGAUCCUAUGGAAGUCUUACCCUGAGACUCACAUUGUCUGUAACUCCUAUGGCUGUACAGAUGACGUGGUGACCAGUGACCACUCCCCAGUGUUCGGUACAUUUGAGGUGGGGGUCACCUCACAGUUCGUCUCCAAGAAAGGUCUGCCUAAGUCCUCUGAACAGGCCUAUAUAGAGUUUGAGAAUAUUGAGGCCAUAGUGAAGACGGCCAGCAGAACCAAGUUCUUUAUCGAGUUCUACUCUACCUGCCUGGAGGAGUUUAAGAAGAGUUAUGAGAAUGACAGUCAAAGCAGUGACAACAUCAACUUCCUGCGUGUGGGCUGGUCCAAUAAGCAGCUGACCACGCUGAAGCCCCUCCUCUCUGAGAUAGAAUAUCUCCAGGACCAACACCUGCUGCUCACCGUCAAAUCACUGGAUGGAUACGAGUCUUAUGGUGAGUGUGUGGUGGCUCUGAAGUCCAUGAUAGGCAGCACGGCACAGCAGUUCCAUACCUACCUGUCCCACAGAGGGGAGGAGACGGGCAACAUCAGAGGUUCCAUGAGGGUCCGCGUGCCAGCAGAGAGGAUGGGCACCAGGGAGAGGCUCUAUGAGUGGAUCAGUGUGGAUAAAGAUGAGACGGGAGGACACAGAGGCAGAUCCACCCUGCCCCCCCGAUCAGGACACGACUACGUCAAGCCGUCUUUGACACACAAACACGUGGGGGCGGUGCUUGGGAAGGUGAGCGAGGAGGGAGAGAGGGGUACCAAAGAAGAGGUGACUGCAGCAAGGGCGAAGCAGGACUCUGCAGAGGGAGACCCCUCCACCUGUAAAAACAACAGCUACAAUAAUCCCGCCUACUACAUCCUGGAAGGCGUUCCUAACCAAUCAGCUGCCACCCUGUCCUCGGAGCUCCUCCCCUCCCCCUGCUCCCCCCCAGCCGGUAAGGCACUCCUGUCUGGAGGGGGCAAGGGGAGGCCCUCCUCAGGGUCCUCCCACCCCCGCAGGCACACGGCUGGACACCCUGUCCGGCCCAUCAGUGAGGAGGGGUCCUCGGAGGAUGAUGGGAUUGCAGUGGUGGGGGUGGUGUCAGGUGGAGGAGCGGGAGGCACACUGAACCGUCCUCCUCCUGACUUCCCCCCUCCCCCCCUCCCUAAAGGAGCACUGGAGAUGGCUGACUCCCCCUUCUCCAAACCACGCCCCCUGUACCCCGACCUGGCCGAGGUGAAGAUCCCUGCAGCCAAUUCCAGUCCUACCUUCGUCCUGGGGGAGGACUUUAGGAGGGCAGGGCCCGGGGGGCUGGACGACCAGUCAUGUUCGGUGCUGCAGAUGGCGAAGACACUGAGUGAGAGCGAGUACCCCCCUCCUCCCUGUGCCCCCUCUGCACCCCCCCACCUCAGAGGCCAGGGGUUGGGGGACGCCUGUCGCACCUUCCCUCCCCGAGCCCCCAUCACAGAGAGCAUCGCUGAAGACCUACCAGAGGAAGCACUGUGGGGAAGCAGUAGCUCGUCUCUCUCCGUGGGGGAGUCGUCUGUGGGAGAGUGGCUACAGAGAUUAGGGCUGGAGCGCUAUGAGGAAGGUCUGCUACACAACGGAUGGGACGACCUGGAGUUCCUCAGUGACAUCACAGAGGAGGACCUAGAGGAAGCAGGCAUUCUAGACCCCGCCCACAAGAGGAUUCUGCUGGAGAGCCUGAGACAGCAGAAGCAGCAGAAGUGAGCUGAACCGGUCCAUGCUGAGCUGAGACGUGCUAAUCCAUGCCAGACUGUGCCUUCUGAGAGAAAUUGCACUCCAUUAUACUUUCUGUUGACCAACAGAUUUUUCGAACGUCCUUUUUUAGAUGUAUUGUACUGUGUAAGUGUCUUUAUGUUAAUGUAGCUGUGGCUGUUGUGUUAGCCAGCCUUAUUUAAACAGUAGAAACAUUUCAGUCCUUUGUUAAGAAUCAAAACAUGGACCUCUACCCUGCCACCUGCAUAACAGACCCCUUUCCUCUCACCCCGCCCCUUUCCUCUCACCCCGCCCCCUUCCCUCAUCCUGAGAAACCAUUCUGCUCCUGGGACAUAGUAGACAUUCAGUGACAUCAUCAGGCUGCGACUUCUUCGGGCUUGCCUCAGCUAGAAAAACAGCUUGGUAGAACUGAGUUUGUUAUUGUUUUUAUUCCGCUCAUGAAUAUGAUUAUUAAUGACUAUUUGUUCAUUGGUUCAGUGUUGUUUUGUUGUUGUGUGUUUUAUGUUUUUGAGAUAAAGGGAAUGUAGCGAACCGCA